AUAAUUGAAAAAAAGGAAAGAAAAUACAAAGCUAACACUUCUCUUUCUCUCUCUAGUCUCUCUCUAUCUCCUCUACCAUGUAUGUCUCUGUAUCUGUACUAGAAAUCAACAACUUAGAAUCAUUUUCUUUUUCGUUUCCCUCCAUAGAUCUCAAAAAUUUGCUCUCAUCUCAACCCUAAUUUUCGCUUCAUCCUAUAUUAUAUAACAAUCGCUAACACAUUCUUCAUCUUCUGUUAUUCAAAAACUUCAUCAUCUGCACUGAUCGAUGAUUCUGGAACCUUCAUGAAUCUCCAUCUUCUUCAUGGGCCAACACCACAACCCUUACCAUGCCUGAGCUGCGUACCCGACCUCGCAGAAACCGCCUGUUAGAUAACGCUAAUACGAAUCCGAUUACCCGACCUCACUCACCGGCGGCCGUCGGAGCCGGCCGGAGGAGGAGAACCUCCGCCGCUGCUACUCAGACCAAGAGGAAUCGGAGGCAGAAGAACGCGAUCGCUGCAGAUGAAAUCGGUCAUAUUGUGAACAACGACGACGCCGGUGCCGUUCGUGAAGCCAGGGCCAGAGAGUUGAAAGACGAGCAAGGAGAGCCGGUUAGGGUUUUGGAGGAGGAAGCCAUGGAUGAGUAUGAUAGUGGUGGCCGCAGCGCCGAUAAGGCUCCGGGUGCCGAAGACGAUGGCAGCACCGCUCCACUUCCUGAGAAGGUCCAGGUUGGUUGUUCCCCGUUAUACAGAGUUGAGAGAAAACUUGGGAAAGGAGGAUUUGGACAAGUCUAUGUUGGUCGGCGUGCAGGAGCUACUACAAAUUCUAGUGAACGAACUGGUUCGGCCGCUAUUGAGGUAGCUUUAAAAUUUGAGCAUAGAAGCAGCAAGGGGUGCAAUUAUGGACCUCCAUAUGAGUGGCAGGUUUACAAUGCACUAGGUGGUAGUCACGGUGUUCCACGAGUUCAUUACAAGGGACGGCAAGGUGACUACUAUAUUAUGGUCAUGGAUAUUCUUGGCCCUAGUCUAUGGGAUGUUUGGAAUAACAACUCACACACGAUGUCGACUGAAAUGGUUGCAUGUAUCGCAAUUGAGGCUAUCUCCAUAUUAGAGAAGAUGCAUUCUAGAGGAUAUGUGCACGGUGAUGUAAAGCCGGAGAACUUUUUGCUUGGCCCCCCUGGAACUCCUGAUGAGAAGAAGUUGUUUCUGGUUGAUCUUGGAUUAGGUAAAUAUACCACAGCAACUCGGUGGCGUGAUAGUUCAACUGGCCUUCAUGUUGACUAUGAUCAACGCCCAGAUGUAUUUAGGGGCACAGUUCGUUAUGCUAGUGUGCAUGCUCAUCUUGGUAGAACAGGUAGCAGGAGAGAUGACUUGGAAUCUCUUGCUUACACACUUGUCUUCCUUCUUCGUGGUCGGCUACCUUGGCAAGGAUUUCAGGGAGAAAAUAAAGGAUUUCAAGUCUGCAAGAAAAAGAUGGCCACUUCUCCAGAAGCUUUGUGUUGCUUUUGUCCUCAACCUUUCCGGCAGUUUGUUGAAUAUGUAGUGAAUUUGAAGUUUGAUGAAGAACCAAAUUAUGCAAAAUAUAUAUCCCUUUUCGAUGGAAUUGUGGGUCCAAAUCCAGACAUCAGGCCAAUAAACACUGAGGGUGCUCAAAAGCUUAUAUGUCAGGUUGGACAUAAGAGAGGGCGAUUGACCAUGGAAGAGGAUGAUGAUGAACAACCAAAGAAGAAGGUGCGAAUGGGAAUGCCAGCAACUCAAUGGAUUAGUGUUUACAAUGCUCGUCGACCAAUGAAGCAAAGGUAUCAUUACAAUGUUGCUGAUAUGCGGCUGUCCCAACACAUUGAGAAAGGAAAUGAAGAUGGUUUGUUCAUCAGCAGUGUGGCAUCUUGUUCUAAUCUUUGGGCACUCAUUAUGGAUGCUGGCACUGGUUUCACUGCACAAGUUUAUCAACUCUCGUCCCACUUUCUUAACAAGGAAUGGAUUAUGGAACAGUGGGAGAAGAAUUAUUACAUUAGUGCCGUAGCUGGAGCUAAUAAUGGGUGCUCAUUGGUUGUAAUGUCUAAAGGGACCCAGUACUUACAGCAAUCCUAUAAAGUCAGUGAUUCAUUUCCAUUUAAGUGGAUCAACAAAAAAUGGAGAGAAGGAUUUUACGUCACUGCUAUGGCCACUGCUGGCACUAGAUGGGCAAUUAUUAUGUCCCGAGGGGCUGGUUUUUCAGACCAGGUUGUGGAACUUGAUUUCCUGUAUCCCAGUGAAGGCAUUCAUCGACGAUGGGAUAGCGGUCACCGCAUCACCUCAACUGCUGCAACAUGGGACCAAGCUGCUUUUGUUCUUAGUGUUCCUAGAAGAAAGCCAGCUGAUGAAACUCAAGAGACACUCCGCACAUCUGCUUUUCCUAGUACUCAUGUCAAGGAAAAAUGGGCAAAGAACCUCUAUAUUGCAUCUAUUUGUUAUGGGAGAACAGUUUCAUAAAUUGCUGAUUUUUUUUGAGAUUACAGCUGACAUCAUUUUGACCUCUUGCCCUUACAUCUUCCAGUUGGGAACUGAAGAUCCAGUCUGACAAAUUUUCUAAACUAUGCAGUUCAACAUUGAUGUAUGCUAGACCUUUCUUUAUGGUCGCCAUCACAUAUCGUAUGAUACAAAAUCUGUGCACCGUAUUUCAACUGUGUCAAAAAGGCUUACGAUUUAUGAGCAAAAUUAGAUCUUUUGAUAUAAAUUUGUACAGAUCUGAGCAGUUAUUACUAUAUUAAAGGCAUGUGCACAGGUUAGGUUUUUUUUGUCUAUUGAUGGUAUUUUGCAAAUAUGCAACCUAUUUUUCCAUGGGAACUGGACAUUUUAAGCAGUGCAGCCUUGUAAUUAGCCCUUUUUAUCCCUACCUCUUUUGACUUCAAGCUACUUCUGGGCUUGUCAAUGCCUGAAUUUGACCUUAUAAGACAGAAAGUUGUAUGCUAUGGCAGCAGUUUGUAAUUGUUUAAUUAUUGUAAUCCCAAUAUUAUUAUUAUUAUUAUUCGUUGUUGUCUUUUACGUGUUAAUUAUAUAUUAUGUUCAGCUACCCCCAACCGUGUAUUUGGUUUGUGGGUUCAUCUCAUGAAAUGUAAAUGGGGUUAGUCUGAUUGAAAUGAAGGAUGAGAAUGCUUUAGUUUCAUUUCUCUUUUAAAGAAUUGUGAUCAUCUUUUUUUAUUUGUUUCUUUUGCUUUUGACAAUUUUGUUUUUGCGCUGUCAGUUUGCUAAUUAUUUAAUACUUUACCAUGAUUGUUUCAAUUUGGAAAAUCGUGUCAUCUACAUGUGUCAAUCUAUAUGAUUGUGUACGAAUGGGAGCCUUGUAAGCAUAAGUUCAGUUACUAGCAGUUGCAAAUAACUGCCAUCUAUUUUGCAGAUAAUGACUCUGAAAAUUAAAUCUGUAUUGUUCUAGCCACUUUUUACUUCCACUAUCUGAAGUCUGCAUGAUGGGUUCUACAUGAUUGGGUGCUUAUUUUGUUUGAUUCUUUUUCUAACAUCCAACAUUGCAAGAUGUACUUUUGAUUCUUAUGAGAAGUUGACUAUCUGGGAAGCUCAUCUUAGGUAAUAACUUCUGUACCUCUUCAUUAUUGACUUUUGUAUUACUUGAGAGUUUACUUGGACAUAUGAAGCAGUAUUUUGAUUCUGCAGCUCUUUUUUUUCAAUUUCUUAUUCUGUGCAGCUAAGAUGUUCUCGUAGUUUGAUCUAGAUAUGCUCUAUAUGGAUGAAUCAUUUGAUGUUCUUUUGGCCUGAUGGCACUAAGCGUCAGUUCCUAACAUUUGUUACUUAAUCUGCAUUUCUCUUCUCAAUAGAAACUCAGGUUGUUUGGAUAAUUCAUUUAACUUCUGUGACUGGUAACUUGCAGAUUUUCCUGGUUGGUCCAGACCAUGAUUAUAAUGCUGGAGCAACCCAUGUGUCAAAGGAAAUCUGAAGCUGUUAAAGGAACUGGUGUUUUUGGAAUUAUUUACCGUAUGUGUUAGGGUGAGGGAUUGUAAUUGAAUCCGACGGCGGAUGGCUUCAAUUUGUUAUGUUCUCUUCUAAUGCUUUGUCAAAAUUACGGUAUUUUAAAUGUCACAUUAUUACAACUAUUUUUUACUGAGUUGGAGAUCAAAUAGAGAAAUAGUUGUGCUUCCAUGUGAAGUUGUGACGUUGGUACGAUUAUCCUUCAAUGUUGUCUGUCAUCUUUUUCUUUUUUAAGAAAAAAAAUCUGAGACCUCUAAGUAGUUGCACGAACUGUAUAACAGGAUUCUCUCUCUCUCUCUCUUAGUGUUGACUUCUGUGCAUCAGCUGCAAGGUUUUCCAAUUCAUUGUUCCUGUCACGCAACUUAAUACCGUGCUCGAUAUCAGCUUUCUGCUACAAAGAAACAUGAAAGGUACUGUAAGAUGGAUCCUUGAUUUGAGAAAAGCUUUUCCAGAUAUGCUUUAUAACACAAGAUAUUCGGGAUGGCGUAAUGAUAUCAAUACACUAAACCGAGCCAGCUUGCCUUUAGUUGAGCUAGGAUGUGAAAGUUGCUUACCGACUUUUUGGCUGGAUUAAAGAAUAUAUUGAUGGAUGCCAUUGGGAAAAAGCAUCCUUAGUUCAUAGUCGGUGUGUAUUAAAUUACAUGUAACGUUUGCAUCAAUUUGUGUAC